CCGCGGGCGGAGGUGGUCGCUGAGGGGCACUGUCACAGCACGAGUGAGUGCGCGCGCGCGUGCGUGCGCGACGAUGAGUGCAAGCGCUGCCGCGAGCUCCACGUCCCGUCCGAAGCAGUGCGAGCUCGGGCGCCGCUAAGGCCGCCGAUCGGCAUCCGUCCGGGGCGCGCAGCCGGGCGACAGCGCAGCGCGCGCCCGCCGCGGGCGCCGAGCGAGGGGAGCGGAGCGCGGAUAUGGGGCGUCGGGCAGCAGCGCUGCCGCGCAUCGAUCGCCAGCGAGCAGCGACGCGCCGCCAGCGAGGUUAGGCCUGUGGCGCGGCCCCCGCCGUCGCAGCCCCGAGCGAGCAGGAUGAGCGGCGCGCGGCCGCUGGCGCGGCUGCUGGCGCCGCUGCUGGCGCCGCUGCUGGCGCUGCUGCUGAGCGGCGCCGAGAGCUUCGUGCUCGACGCCUCGCCGGGCUCCUACGCGCACUUCCCCAAGUGGAACGCCGACGCGCUCAACGGCAGCCUCGAGUUCGAGUUCAAGACCGAGCAGGGCAACGGCCUGCUGCUCUACACCGACGACGGCGGCACCUACGACUUCUUCGAGCUGAAGCUGGUGGAGGGCUCGCUGCGUCUCCGCUACAACCUCGGCGGCGGCGCGCAGAUCCUCACCGUGGGCCGCGACCUCGGCGACGGCCACUGGCACAAGGUGCUGCUGGCGCGCCGCCGCGAGAACACCACGCUCAGCGUGGACGGCCUGGCGGCCAGCUCGGCCUCGCGCGGCCGGGAGUUCGACUUCGGCAAGCUCGCCGGCAACUCGGACGUCUACGUCGGCGGCAUGCCCAGCUGGUACAACAGCAAGCUCACGCUGCUGGCGUUGCCGAGCGUCAUAUUCGAGCCCCGCUUCAGGGGUCUCAUCCGCAACCUGGUCUACGCCGACGGCGAGCGCCUCGCGCCUAGGAGGCAGGAGAUCAACAAUCGGCAGCUGAAGUGCGGAGGCCUGCCGUGCGUGGAGAGCACGAGCUCGCGGAAGCAAGCCAGGGUGAGUAUCCCAACUCGCCGUGCACGCACUCGAUCGAGAAACAAUCCGGGCUCGAGACGCGCGAUGCGCGCGACGUUGUAGGUGUUCU